AUCUCCCACUCGUCUCGAAGACGGCCGCACCGCAGACGCCGCGGGAAUUUAACGAGAGAGACUGGCGCCGCGCCUCGCGGAGACCGCAGCCUGGAGCCAGCCCGUGACGCUGACGCGGCGGGCCACGGGCGGGGCGAUGCCAGGAGCCAUGGAGCCGGCAGAGGCGGACGCGGCGGCAGCCGCUGUUGCGGGAAGGCGGCCGACGGCGUCCGAGCGCCGGCGCAUGUACCGCGACCUGGCGCUGUCGCUGCGGUGCGGACUCCGCGACGCGGCCGCGGGGUUCUCGUUCCUGCGCCUGCGCGGCCUCCGCGCGCUCCUCCGCGCCCUCCGCUCCACCUCCGACGCCGACGCCGACGCCGACGCGGGCCUCUUCCGCGACUCCCAGUCCAUCCGAGAUCUCCAAGUGAUCCCGGUGCUGUUCGAGCACAGCCUGCGCAAGGCGACCGGGGACGCGGUGCUGACGGUGGCGCAGGUGCUGGGCAUGGAGCCCGCCGCCGCCAGGCUCAGGAACCCCGCCACGGACUCCGAGGUCGUGCUUGCGCUCAGGGUGCUCGAAGGUUGCUGCCUCCUCUGCCCGGCCUGCGCAGCCGCGGCGCACCGCUACAAUGCCGUCAAGGUGGUUUUGAAUAUACUGAUGACACGUGGUAUCCUCGAGCAAAGAGCAUGUCUCGACACUCUCUUAGCGUUGCUGGUGAAUUGUUCAGGAAACCUGACGGAUUUCAAAGAACAAGAUGGACUAAAUAAAAUUGCUGUCAUUGUAAAAGAUGCAAAUAGGGAUGACCAUGUAAGGUUAAAAUGUUCCGAGUUUCUGCUUCUUUACUCUGGAAACGCAAAAGAAAAAUGUGGCGCAGAUUCCGAGUCUAAUAUGCGAGAAGAUUUGGCAAAGGUUUUCGGAGAAAAAUGUGCAUCAUUUAUCUCCUCAAUGAACCUAUUCAGCUCAACUCUAGAGUCACAAAUGAGGCAAUCUGAGCUAAGCUUUCUUGCAGAGCAUGUGUUGGAUUACAUGUAGAGCCAUACUAAAGAUAACCAUAAUCGUGCCAUUUUCUCCACACACAACAGAGUUCAGUGCUCCAAAAUGUAUGUUUCCUAUUAACUUGGGUAAUUAUUGACGAUGCUACUGUAUAUGAACUCAACUACGAGAAUGUUACUGUUCACCGAGUUUUAUUGUUCAUUGAAUGCUACUGUUUCUCUGUUUGAGUUGUGAAUCCAAACAAGUAAAUACUAUUUUA